UGUGGCCAUAGAAAAAGAUAAGAAAGAAAGAAAGAUAAGAGAGAGAGAAGGAAAAAGGAAAAGGGAAUGAAAUAUGAUUGAGUUGUAGGAGUGAACAGAGUUUUUUGAAUAUGAAUUGCUCUCUUGGCCUUCACAUCCCCAAGGCCUUGCCUUCUCUCUCCUCUUCCAAAACCCUCUUUCCUUCUCUCUCUUCAUCCUUUAAGCUUCACAAUUUGAAUUUGCCCUCCAAUUCAAAGCUCAAAAAUUUUGAGGUUGUGGGAAGCAUCAAAGAAGAUCCCGUUGGCUAUCUUCACCAAAAGAAAACAAGUUUAGCUCUUCAACUUGCUGCCAUUUUAGCCACUGUUGGGGAGGCAGCAAAUGCAGUAACAGGAGAGAACAACCAUGAAGUUCCACUUACUUGGAUUUUGGCACAAUUAGGCAUUGUUGGAUUCUUUUACUUCCUCGUCUUUCCUCCAAUCAUCAUGAACUGGCUGAGGAUAAGAUGGUAUAGAAGAAACUUGUUGGAAAUGUACCUCCAAUUCAUGUGUGUCUUUCUCUUCUUCCCUGGGAUUCUAUUGUGGGCGCCAUUUUUGAACUUCAGAAAGUUUCCGCGAGAUCCAUCGAUGAAGUAUCCAUGGUCGACACCCCAAGAACCAUCACAGAUAAAAAAUGCAUACUUGAAGUACCCAUUUGCUAAGCCUGAAGAUUAUGACUGGUAACUGUUUGUAAAAAUGCCUCUUCCAAACUCAACCAUUUUCCUUCAACUCAUAAAAUUAAAUUAAUGGUUUACGUCUAUAUUAUUCUUGUUUC